AUCGUGCGGAGAGAUCCAUCGGAGCCAGAGCCCGAACCCAAGGCGCGGUUGGUGAGUGUGCGAGGGAAAUUUGAGACGGUGUACGAUCCGCCGCCACCGCCGCCGAACGGGACGGGGUUUACGAUUACGUUGAGAGCGGCGCCGGAAUUGGACGCGACGAACGUCGUCGUCGGUCGAGUCGUGAGCGGAGACGAGGUUUUGGAGGAGAUCAGUCAGCUUCCGACGGUGAAAGAUAACACGAGCUCGCCAUUCUUUGCGGUGGCGAAGUCGAUAGGGGAUAAGCGAGCGCUCGUCGCGGAACAAGCGUUCCGAAAGCCUUUCAGGAAAGUCCAAUUCAUGAAGUGCGGCGUCGUUGCGAAGAGCGCGCCCGCGAGCGAAGACGAGGCUCCCCAGUGA